UGCCACCCAGCUGCCCCUCCCGUGUUCUCUUUGUACCGGGUCCUUCCCGGCUGGACCUCUGUCAAGCCGCCUUCUGAAGACUGUUGUUUCCUAAAGGGUACGAUGAUCGGGACAGCCAGCGUCCAGGGAUCAGUGACCUUCAAGGAUGUGGCUGUGGAAUUUUCCCAGGAGGAAUGGAAACAAUUGGAUGUUGUUCAGAGGAACUUGUUUAAAGAUGUGAUGUUGGAGAACUACAGGAACCUUGUCUCCCUGGGACUUUCAGUUGAUAAACCAGAUGUUCUCUUCUACUUGGAGAGAGGAGAUACGCCCUGGAUAAUAGAGCAGGAAGUCCUAAGGAGCACCUACCCAGUGUGCCUUAAGCCAGGCACUAGGUGUGAAACAAUGGAGGCAAUUCCCAGGCAAGACAUUUCUGUUGGAAAGCUAUCCAAGGAACAACUUAAGAAGCAUGGAAUCUGUAAUUCCAAAUUUGGAAAAGGCUGGGAAUGUGAUAUUAGAUUAGAAUACCAGGAGAGCAGUCAUAAAAAACAGUCCCAGCAAGUUAUGAUCAACCACAGAAAUACUUCUACUAAGUUUAAUGCCAAUAUAUAUAACAAAUUUGGAAUAGGCUUCGGUCUGGGCCCAGUCUUGGUUCCACAUCAGAGAGUUCAUAUGGGACAGUGUCUGCAGAGAUGUGAUGCACGUAGAAAGAACUUCAAACAGUGUUUGGAUGAAAGUAAUCACAUUGGAAUCUUUUUUGACAAGAAGCUUUGCAAGUGUCAUCAAUCAAUGUAGGGAGGCAUUCAGUUGCCAUUCAGACAUUAUUCAACAUCAUAAGAAAGAUACUGAAGAAAAUUCAAAUAGAUGUUAUGAAUGUGGGGAAGUGUUCAGUUGCCGAUCUUGUCUUAUUCUACGUUGGGGAGUUUAGAUUGAAGAAGAACCCACUGAGUAUAAUGAACGUGGUCAGUCCUUUAGUUGGCAUCAGCAUAUUACUGAACAGAAAAACAUUCUGAUGGGAGAGAAACACUUUAAAUAUAACAAAUGUAGGAAAUUGUUUAAUCAUCCUAGAUACCUUGCUAACCAUAAGAGAAGUCAUACUGGAGAGAAACAGUUUGACUGUAGCAACUGUGGGAAAUGUUUUACUCAGGAGACCUUACUAAACAUAGGAGACUUCGUACAGAAGAGAAAUCCUUUAAAUAUAAUGGAUGUGGCAAAUCGUUUAGCCGGAAGGAAAGGCUUACUACACAUGAGAGGAUUCAUACUGGAGAGAAACACUUCGAACGUAAUGAAUGUGGGAAAUCCUUUAGCUGGAGGCAACAGCUUACUACACAUAAGAGAAUUCAUAUUGGAGAUACAUCUUUUCAGUGAAGUUAGAAGUACCUCUACCAACAGUUGAGGGAACACUGAGUUUGGAUUUAGAGAGAGGACCAGAAUUCAAAAAUCCUGCUCUGUCACUUACUUGUGAUAUGCGACAGGUCAUUCAACCUCUCUCGGCCUCAGUUUCACUACUUGUAAAAUAAGGAAGUUGAAUUAGUUGAUCUCUAAAAUCCCUUUCAAGCACCAAAAUUUAUGAUCUCAGAAUACGGGCAGUCCUUUAGCUAGUGUCAUUAUUGAAAGAAUUCAUACCUGAAAGAAAGACUUACUAUAUUAAUUGUGAAAAGUUCUUUAGAUAUCAUUGAUGCCUUAGUAAACAUAAAAGUAUUUGUAUAGGUGGGAGAAAGCCUUUGUAGAGACCAGUAGUUUUACUGACUUGUGAAUCACCUCAAAAUGACAUUUUUCACCAAGUGUGUAGAACUUCUCUGUGUUAAAACAUAUGCUGCAUUGCUCACUUUUACUUUGCUCUUUAAAUUUCUAUAUUGCAGGAUAGUAUUUCUUUUAACUCCUGGCUUUCUCAUCAAAAAUAAGGAAGGGAUGUACCACAUGCCCUGAGUUCCUGAAUCUUUAAUUGUCCAAUGUGCAAGGGUAACUAGGGAGAAUUGCAUCUGGAAACACACAGAAAGGGCCAAGUUCUGAAUUACACACUCAGGUAUAAGCUUCCGUCCUGUGUUAAAUAGCUUCCUUCAGAAGAACCCAACUGUGUCUGUAGUUUUCCAUUAAGUCCCUGAGGGCAUAAAAACCUCUCUCCUGACUGGGUGAGGAGGCACACAGCAUAUGGUAUAGUGUUCCUGGUUGCCACUGGUGCAUUAGUGAUUUUAUCAAUGUUGCCUAUUGCAUGGGUACAACCUUAGGUUCCUAGGGUCUGGAGUCACAUCCACUCUUCAGGCUACAGGUCCGUGGCUUACAGUAAAUGGCACUUAUAGUAUGUUGAUUAAUGAGCAUUUUGAUUAAUGCCAAAAGUAAAUCCUGAUACAUUCCAU